GUCCCUGGUAGAUCGAUCAAAGCGUCUCCUCCUUCUCGGCGGCGGAAGGCGAACAGCGAGAAACCCUAACCCUAAGCGCGCUCCGAUCCGAUCCGCAAGGUAGCCCGAUUCCUCGAGUCUACGGCGGUGACUGAUUCUGUUCUUUUUGCAGGCCCUGCGGCGAUGGCGGCUUCUCUCCGCGCGGCGGCGACGAGGAUGCUGCGUCCGGCGGUGCAUCCAGGGGAGGGGCUUCGCCGGGUCUUCCGCACCCAGCAGCUUUCCAAAUUCACCACUUCCUUGGAGGAGGAACCUCUGUCGCUAGCCCAGCAGCAGAGGGAGAAGCUGUUUUUGGAGCUUAAAAAAUCCAACCACUUGCCGGAGGAACACCGUGCGUCGCUAAUCAAGCAGAUAAAGGAGGAGCUGUAUGAACUCAUCGCCGACGCUGAGGCCAAUUCCGUGACCUCCUCACUGAACAGGAGUCUGCUCAAGGAUCUCUCUACUCAAAUCGAACCUAGACCACAUGACCCUCAAUGGUGCAAGAUAACUAGAACCAAGAAGGUGACCAAGUUUGCUGCGGUGGCGGGUAUUCUUGUUAUUAAUGCGCUGAGUUAUGGUGGCUUGGCUGACCGUCCUGAGUUAGUGGAGUAUGACGGGCAUCUUGUUACUGUUGAGAGUCUGCCCUUGCUACGUGGAUUUCGGCCUGCUGCCACUACUGAGGGAGUGAAGAAGCAAGAUGGAUAUCAACCUGCUGCUACUGCUGAGGGAGUGCACAAGCAAGAUGGAUAUCAGCCUGCUGCUACUGCCGAGGGUGUGCACAAGCAAGAUGGAUAUCAGCCUGCUGCUACUACUGAGGGAGUGUACAAGCAAGAGGAAACUGCAGAAGCAUGUUGAGUGAGUGAAGACGAGAUGCAUGUCUUGUUUGAUGGAGAAGCAAGACGAUAUCAGUUAAAUUCCAGCACUAUAUUAUGUAGGUCUCUUAACUAUAUGUCUAUGAUCUGCCACCUAUAUAUGACUUGGGUAGUAUUAGUAGAUGAUGAUCUGUGAUGUCUCUGGCUUGGUAUGGUAUCCUUUCAGUCUAGAACUUUAGUAGUAUGGUUAGUUGAUGAUCUGUGAUGGCAUUGUAAAAUAUUUGUGGUGCUGCUGACAUGGUGUAUGUUUAGUGGAUGCUCUGUGAUGGCAUUGUAAGAUAUUUGUGAUGUUGCUGGCA